AUGAGCCCCAGUGUCCUCAGUAAACAUGAUGAUGUGAUUGCUCUGAUGUUUGGCGAUGCAGUUGUGGGUGAGCAGAGUAUUGAUUACCCAUCCAGUGUGCGGGUUGUGAUAUAUUUUAUUAUUUGUUUCCUUGUACUUCUUACGUUGUUUGGAAAUCUUCUGGUGAUCGUAGCCAUCACUCAUUUCAAGCAGCUGCACACACCAACUAACUACCUCACUCUGUCUCUGGCUGUAGCUGACCUGCUUUUAGGAGGGAUUGUGAUGCCUCCUAACAUGAUACGCUCUGCAGAAACUUGCUGGUAUUUGGGGAUCACGUUCUACCGAUAUUAUGCAGUAUGUCACCCCCUGCUGUACCACAGUAAAAUGACUCCUCUUACUACUCUGUUCAUGAUUGCUGUUUGUUGGAGUGUUUCUGCUGCUGUGGGAUUUGGGAUGAUUUUUCUUGAGCUUCAUAUUAGGAGCCUUGAAGAUUACGGUGAUGUCAUGUGUGAAGGAGGAUGCGUGAUGAUUCUAGGACCCAUAACAGCUUUGAUCAUUUCACUAUUCUCUUUGUACAUCCCUGCCGUUGUCAUGCUGAGCAUAUACUUGAAAAUCUAUCUUGUAGCACAGAGACAGUCACGUUCAAUACACAAUACACUCUCUCAGAUGAAUACGUCAAAAGGACAAGCAACUGUUAGUAAAGCAGAAAGAAAGGCCACUAAAACAUUAGCCAUUGUAAUGGGAGCUUUUCUGUUAUCUUGGGCACCACUUUUAAUUUACAGUAUUACUGUCAUAUACCAUGGUUUGAGCGGCCCACCACAACUGUUUGACCUCUUUGGUUGGAUUGGUUAUUCUAAUUCAGCAUGUAAUCCCAUUGUGUAUGCGUUCUUCUACACAUGGUUUCGGAAGGCCCUCAAGGUUAUUUUGUAUGGCAAAGUAUUCAAGAAUAAUUCUUCAAGUAUGCAGUUGUUUUCAGACUAG